AUGGAGCUGUUGAUACACACUGGCGCGCGGCAAACAUGUCGUAGCGCAUGGAAGCGACGAGCCUUCCACACAUCACACCAAUGUCGGGCGACGCCUACUGGAGAGAUCAAACCAGCGCCGGCCAUUCGCUUCACCGGCGAUUCCAACCAAUUCGCACGCUCCCAGCCUCGAGCGCAACUAAUUCAGGAAGAAGAACAAGACGCACCAAGCAGUUUGGGCCGUCGGAGGGGUCGAAAUGAUUCAAGCCUUGAUCCGGAACAGCGCCGUCUGCUUCGGCGCAUACGACUUGUACCAGCGUCUCCUUCAUACUUUACCGCCCUCCCGAAGCACAUGGAUGAUGUACUACACAUUUCAUCGUUACUGCGGAAAUACCAGCUCCUCCCUACUGCUAGCCCUGAAGAAGUGGCGAGGGUAACAUUCAAGAAGAGAAGGGACUACCAGAUCGAGACUCAGGAGCCGGUGCGAUCAAAGAGCUACGGUAUAAUGGUCAGCCUACUGAGACGAUUGAGUCUCAUUCACCCAUCUCUCAUCCCAGAAGAAGUUACGCAGACACUGGAGAAAUACAAGAGGCUGGUGCAGCCUUACCUGAACAAGGCAAAGCCAAUCAUCAUCGAUGAGUUUGGACGAGCAAAGGCACUGGGCAGAAGAAAGUCAAGCCGCGCUGCAGUAUAUCUAGUGGAAGGAGAUGGCCAGGUCCUGAUCAAUGGUCGGUCAUUGACAGAAUACUUCGCAAGGCUGCAUGAUCGAGAGUCCGCCGUGUGGGCAUUGAAGGCCACUCAGCGGCUGGACAAAUACAACGUUUGGGGGAUCGUACAUGGCGGAGGCACGACUGGUCAAGCAGAAGCUCUCACAUUGGCUGUUUCAAAGGCAUUGUUGGCGCACGAGCCUGAUUUGAAGCCCGCGUUGCGGAGAGGUGAGUUCUCAAAUUCCCCCCUACAAUGUCAUUUAUCUAGGAAACUAAUGUCAUCGAAGCCGGCGUUGUCACCCGUGAUCCCCGAAGAGUCGAAAGAAAGAAGCCUGGAAAGCUCAAGGCCCGCAAAAUGCCUACCUGGGUCAAGCGAUAG